GUUAGCAAACUGUUUAUUUUAGCAGUUAAGACAGUUAAGUUCAUGUUAGCUAACGUUUAGUUUAGCAGUUAAGACAGUUAAGUUCAAGUGAGCUAACUGUUUAUUUUAGCAGUUAAGACAGUUAAGUUCAGGUUAGCUAACUGUUUAAUUUAGCAGUUAAGACAGUUAAGUUCAGGUUAGCUAACUGUUUAAUUUAGCAGUUAAGACAGUCAAGUUCAGGUUAGUUAACUGUUUAUUUUAAGUUAAGGUCAGGUUAGUUAACUGUUUAUUUUAAGUUAAGGUCAGGUUAGUUAACUGUUUUAACAGUUAAGACAGUUAAGUUCAGGUUAGCUAAUUGUUUAUUUUAGCAGUUAAGACAGUUAAGUUUAGGAUGUUAAUAGUUUGCUUUAGUAGCUAAACUAAGAAAUGUUAGCAAAUAUGUUAUUGUUGCAGUUAAGCCUAAAUUCAAGAGUGAUUUAAAGUUCAAGUUAGCGAAUCUUUUAUUUUAGCAGUCAAAACAUAAUAAAAGAAUAGCAGUGAGACAGUAAUAGCAGGUUCUAGAUAAACAGCAAAGCUAGUUAAGUUAACCUUGCUAACCUGAAGGUUCAGUUUGCUCUUCACUGGACCAAGAACUAAGAUCAAGGCUGGCAGACGGCGGGCGGGCGGCGUUCACUCUUCAUGGAGCGUGAAAAGUGAGCGGCACAGGUCUGCUGUCUCUCUCUCUCUGUCUCUCUCCGGGCGUCCAGAGGAUCCUUCAGUCUGGAGGUAUUUAUGCCAAAACACAAGAGUUUUCUGCUGAAGGAGGGAUAGAGAGAGGGAUGAGGAUGGAGGGAGAGUUAGAGGGGGGGGGGGGAGGAAGGAAGGAUGGAAAUCCAAAACAAAACAUAGCAUGAUAGUCUGUAAGCAGUUCCAUGUGUCCGGUGGACUGAUCGCCCCGUGGAGCUUCAGCCCUCUGCCCUCUCUCUCUCUCUCUCUCUCUCUCUCUCUCUCUCUCUCUCUCUCUCUCUCUCUCUCUCUCUCUCUCCUCUCUCUCUCUCUCUCUCUCUCUCUCUCUCUCUCUCUACCUGCCUCCGUCCCGUUAAAGUGACCAUAAAAAAGCUGAACAAGUUGUUUGGAGUCAGUUCAGUUCAGUCGAGCCCAGGCUGCCUCUUCUUCUUCUUCUUCUUCUUCUUCUUCUGCUGCUGCUGCUGGUGAUGAUGAUGAUGAUGAUGAUGAUGAUGAUGGUGAUAACGAAGAACAAGCCCUAAUUAAACCUGAGGAGGAGGAGGAGGGGGGAGGGAGGAGAAAAAAAAAAAGGGAGAAGCGACCCGAGGCGCUCGGCGAUGCGGAAAAAAGGCUCAUCAUUCUGCUCGGCUGUGUGUGUGUGUGUGUGUGUGUGUGUGUGUGUGUGUGUGUGUGUGAGAGGGGGUGUGUGUUUUUUUUCCUCUGAGCAGAUGACUGCCGCUCACCUUGCCACGGGGUCUGCAUGAGAUUGGUUCAUUGUCAAGGAGCUUUUUUUUUUUUUUUUUUUUUUUUACCCAUGAUUCCAUAUGGUAUGGAGCGGGCUACAUGUUGCCCAACAUGCCAGUGCAAAUGUUUUCUCAAUUAGGUGUCUUAUCUCCGGUGAGCGCGCUCGCAUCAGAUGAAGCUUGCUGACAGCGUGAUGGCAGGGAAAACCUCGGAAGGCUCCAUCAAAUGGCAGCUCUGCUACGACAUCUCAGCCAGGACCUGGUGGAUGGAUGAAUUCCAUCCUUUCAUCGAAGCCCUGCUGCCCCACGUCCGGGCCUUCGCCUACACAUGGUUCAACCUGCAGGCCCGCAAGAGGAAGUACUUCAAGAAGCACGAGAAGCGCAUGUCCAAGGAGGAGGAGCGCGCCGUGAAGGACGAACUGCUCAGCGAGAAGCCCGAAGUCAAGCAGAAGUGGGCGUCGCGCCUCCUCGCCAAACUGCGCAAGGACAUCCGGCCCGAGUUCAGGGAGGACUUCGUGCUGACGGUGACGGGGAAGAAGCCGCCGUGCUGCGUGCUCUCCAACCCCGACCAGAAGGGCAAGAUGAGGAGGAUCGACUGCCUGCGCCAGGCGGACAAAGUGUGGAGGCUGGACCUGGUCAUGGUGAUUUUAUUCAAAGGGAUUCCCCUCGAAAGUACUGACGGGGAGAGGCUGGUAAAGUCUCCUCAGUGUUCGAACCCCACCCUGUGCGUGCAGCCGCAUCACAUUGGAGUUUCAGUCAAGGAGCUGGAUCUGUACCUGGCCUACUUCGUUCACGCCGAAGGCGGCCAAUCAGAAAGCCCCAACCAGGCCAGCGAAUCAGACAUCAAGGAGCAGCCGGAGAACGGUCAUCUGGGUUUUCAGGACAGUUUCGUGACGCCCGGAGUUUUCACGGUGGCCGAACUCGUACGAGUCUCACAGACGCCCAUCGCAGCCGGCACCGGUCCAAACUUCUCACUGGCCGACCUGGACAGCUCCUCCUACUACAGCAUGAGUCCAGGAGCCAUGAGGAGACCACUCCCCAGCACCUCCUCUUCCAGCUCUGCCAAGAGGAUAAAGUGUAUGGAGGAGGACGUGGACAGUCCCGGCGAGGAGUCCUACUACCCCGGUCAGGGUCGAUCUCCGGGCAGCGGCAGCCAGGCCAGCAGCUGGCACGACGUGGAGCCAGCGAGCCCCCACGCCCCCCCCUCCAGCCUCCACUUCUCCUCCUCCCCCAUCCUGCAGCAGCCCGGCUCCUACUUCUCCCACCCGGCCAUCAGGUAUCACCCACAGGAGACGCUCAAGGAGUUCGUCCAGCUGGUCUGUCCUGACUCCGCCCAACAGGCCGGACAGGUGGGCUUCCUCAACCCUAAUGGUAGCUCCCAGGGAAAGGUCCACAACCCUUUCCUGCCGACGCCCAUGCUGCCUCCCCCUCCUCCUCCCCCGAUGGCCCGUCCCGUCCCGCUGCCCGUCGACGCCAAGCCGCCCUCCACCUCCUCCACCGAGGGGGGAGGCAACUCACCCACCUCACCCACUUACUCCACCCCCACUACAUCUCCAGCCCAGCGGUUCGUCAGCGUCGGACCCAGAGACCCCGGCUUUAACAUCCCUCAGCAGCCACAGUGGUACCUGGGAUAAGGACUCCAGAGGCCCCUCCCCCCCUCCACCCACCUAUACGACAGAUCGCUGCAGCCCCUUCCUCGACCUUUGACCUUUGGCGCCAGCUGCAACAGAGAGUCCUGUCUUGCCCCGCCCCUACAGCCCCCCCCCCCCCUUCCUCCCACUCUGCGCCUGACUCUGCCCCCACCAGCGCCAUACACAGACUCCGCAGCAUCAGCAUGGCUACAGCGGAUCAAACGCACCCCGACGCCGGUGUUAAACACCCACUCUGUGAACUGUAUGUCAUAGACUUCUCUGUAGACAUAUGGUUCAUAUGUCCAUGUCCAUAUUUAGUGCCAGACCCUGUCACCCCCCCCCCCUCUCAAACCAGACCAGGCGGAGAUAUUCAGAAAUUCGUCGGGGGAUUGAGUCUUCAAUUUUUGGGAAUGCAGCAAGACUGAAUCACAGAGCUUUCCUACAUACAAACUCUCCCAUCUUCCUUUGCAGUGUGUGUAUCCAGUGGACUUGCAGCGGUACAAAGCCCCACCCUCACCGUGCCCACCACCCCACCACCGCUCCCAGUUGAUCCUAAUGGAGUUGGUUUGGGUGGUGGGACAGGACGGGAUGUGCCGUAGUAGGGGGGGGGAGGGGAGGUGUUACCUGGCUCAGAUACCACCAGCUGACACCCCUCCACCCCCCCCCCCCCACACCUUAGCCCUCACACACCUCCUGGGAUGGACUCCACCCCCACCACUUGACCCCCGCCCCGCCUGGCUGGUGGCAGUUUGGGGAUGGAGGAAGACGACACGGCUCUUUCCAAGGACAUGGACCAGUGCUUAAUGGAAAGAGCUGACCUGACAGGGAGGUGGUGUGGGCACAAACAGACGCCCUGCCUGUUUCACAGUAAUAACAUGAACUACUCAUGCAAGGGGUGGGGGUGUGGGUUAUG